ACUCGUAUAUUCCCGGUUAUACAAGUAUUUGACAGCGCCUUUCGCAAUUCAAGUGACAGUCGUCGACGAGCGUUAAUCCCGGCCACGUUGUUCCUUUCUUUCGAAUUCAAUUGUGUAAAUACCGAAUCAUUGUUAAAAAAAACAUUGAGCAAACUUUAAUUGACAUUUCUUUGUUCGACGCUGAAACAAUUGUUUCGCAAAACUGGAAAUUUUACAUUAAAAUCGCAUUUUAUAAAAUUGCGCUACAUUGCACAUGUCACACAGAUUGGGAAAUAUAUCUUGAUAAUUUGACGCAAUGACGAUAAAGAAAUAAAGAAACCAAAGCAAUAAUGUAAAUGACAAUAUACAAAUUUAAACAAGUGUAAUCGCUAAAAUCGAUAAGACGCGCCUUAUCGGUAUAAAAUAAAGAGAAAUAAGAACAAGAAGAGCCCAAUCGAAACAUAACGUCGGGACCAAUAACAACAGAAAAUGUCGAUCACCUUGCUCGCAAAUUACUGCGUUAUCAUACUACUGAUAAUUGCAAAUGAGACCUUCGCAAAUCCCACUUUACGGAAGGAUGAAGAAUUCACCAUUAGAAUCGUUCACACGAAUGACAUGCACUCGAGAUUUGAGGAGACAUCGCAAUUAUCGACGCCGUGCACACCAGCAAACUCCAAAGCCGGGAAAUGUUACGGAGGUUUCGCCAGAAUCGCCACUUUGAUUCGCCAAGCGAAAUCGGAGUCGCCUUCGACGAUCUUCUUGAACGCCGGCGAUACCUAUCAAGGAACCGCGUGGUACAACGUGUACAAGUGGAAGGCGGUCACUUGGUUCAUGAACCUCUUGGCGCCAGAUGCUAUAAGCUUGGGCAACCACGAGUUCGAUGACGGUGUCGACGGUUUGAUACCUUUUAUACAAAAUGCCUCGUAUCCUAUCUUGACGACAAAUCUGGAUCUCAGCAAGCAGCCAAAUCUGGCCGCCACAAAUUUGAAGAAUAGCACGAUUCUCGAAGUAAGCGGUAAAAAGAUCGGCGUAAUCGGUUACCUGACGCCGGAUACGAAGAUCUUGUCGACGACCGAGAAUGUGAUUUUUAAAGACGAGGUGGAGUCCAUUCGGGAGGAAGUUAAGAAGUUAAAGGAGCAGGGUGUCGACAUUCUUAUCGCUCUCGGCCACUCAGGCUUCGAGACCGAUAAGAAGAUCGCACGGGAAGUCGAGGACAUUGAUCUGGUGAUCGGAGGUCACACGAAUACCUUCCUCUAUCGCGGUAAACCACCGGACGUCGAAUUGCCUGAAGGUUUUUAUCCCACGAAAGUGGUGCAGAAGAGCGGAAGAGAAGUCUACGUUGUACAGGCAUACGCGUAUACCAAAUAUCUGGGUAACUUCUCCGUGAGUUUCGACAUUAAAGGAGAGGUAACACAUAUAGAAGGAAAUCCGAUUCUAGUGGACGCCAGCGUGGAGCAGGCGGAAGAUGUUCUGAGAGUGAUAAAUGAGAGAAAAGGCCCCAUUGAGGAUUUAGAACGAAAAGUGGUCGGAAAAACGCGAGUACUCCUAAACGGGGAUAGCAAGAAUUGCAGACGACAAGAAUGCAACAUGGGAAAUUUCAUCUGCGACGCUCUAAUAGAUUACUACGCCGGAGAAUAUUUGAAUAAUGAUAGCUGGACGGAUACAGCUAUUGCGUUGCAGAAUAGCGGCAGCAUCAGAGGGUCCAUCACUAGAGACAGAAACGAUCAGGUCACUCGAGGCGACGUCCUAAGUGUCCUGCCUUUCGGUAACGUCGCUGUCAAAACUUCCAUGACGGGGGAACGACUUCUUUCCGUGUUAGAAUGGAGCGUUCAUAACAUUGACAAUUCAACCUCCACCGGGAAUUUAUUCGGCGCUUUUCUACAAUAUUCGGGAUUACAGGUGGUCUAUGAUCUAAAUCAACCACCGAAAUCAAGGGUAGUUUCGGUCCAAGUACGAUGCGCAGCUUGUCAAAUACCAACGUAUACUGAACUUCAGAAGAAUGUUACCUAUAAUGUUCUCAUAAAUGAUUUUCUCUCAAAAGGCGGAGAUGGUUUUCACAUGCUGGAAGGUCUUGAAACAACCUCUCUCGGUGUCACUACAGCGGACAUAUUAGAACAGUACUUUCAAAAACAUAGUCCAGUGCACCCAGGCGUGGAGUGGCGAAUUUUGUACACAGAUAACACGAUAAUUGAAAGUUUCAGUAAUAAUAAUAAUAAUAAUAAUAAUCUUGGAACAACGCAUCAAUCCGUUGGAAUAAUGACUGUUUUAUCAAUCAUUACUUGGCUAUUGUUAACAUAAACGUAAACGCUUCAACUUAAUAACUAUAAAUGAUAAGUAUUUUUCAAAUUUUUUAAUAAAUUGUAUUGUAUUUUAUAAUUUUUACCACUACCUCAAUUUUAUUUAUAUUAAUAAAUUAUAUUGAUUUUAUAUCUUUCUUUAUUCGCACGCGCAAUUACAGAGUGAAAAUGUACAUAAGGAAAUAAAACAUCUCUUUCAAAAAA